AUGUUCUUAGAUUCCAUUCCCGUUUGCAAGCUCAAUGCAAUUGCUGAUGAUGUGAUGUUUGUUUUUGGAGCGCAUCCUCAGAAUCCUAUCACUCUUAUUGAUGAAGAAAGUGAAUUUAUGUUGAGACGAAUCAAUGAAACAAAAUCAGAGGCCAAAACCACAAAAGUAAUACGAUAUAACGAGGUUACAAAUACAUUUACAUUCCUGAAACAUAUAAAUGGCAAAGUUGAAGUCUAUUCAGGAAAUCCCAUCUCAAAAUCGGAAAUCAAAGCAGUAUCUGCCUUCAUUUCUAAAGAAACCACGGAUCCAGCGUAA